GAGCUUUGACCUAUGUCGGAGAGCGCUGCAAUGCCGGAGCCAAAGUAUGAUGAGUAGACCUACCAUCCCAAAACAUCUAAAACAGCUUAUUCCGAAGGAAAAACAGGAACCUUAAAAAGAAAAUAAAUUAGGAUAGCCUUCUAUCAAAGCACAUGAAACAUCAAAUAAUUCAUUGUGGCAACGCUCUUGACUGGACAUCCAACGGAACUAAUGGGACUCAUACUGGCUUAAAGAACCAUCCUUUCUGGUGAAUGACCCUGUCUCCUGCACAAGCCGCUAGCACCAGAGACACGGAAGUACGGACAUGGCUGACAGGACCGCUCCGAACUGCCACCUGAGACUGGAGUGGGUCUACGGGUACCGGGGACACCAGUGUCGCAACAACCUGUACUACACGGCGGCCAAGGAGAUCGUGUAUUUCGUCGCCGGCGUGGGAGUUGUGUACAACACGCGGGAGCACAAGCAGAAAUUCUACUUGGGACACAACGAUGACAUAAUCAGUCUAGCGCUGCACCCGGAGCGCGUGCUGGUGGCCACGGGGCAGGUGGGCAAGGAGCCGUACAUCUGCGUGUGGGACUCGUACACAGUGCAGACUGUGUCCAUCCUCAAGGACACGCACACCCACGGCAUCGCCUGUCUGGCCUUCGACCUGGAGGGACAGUGUUUGGUGUCUGUCGGCUUGGAUGCCAAGAACACGAUCUGUGUGUGGGACUGGAGGAGAGGGAAGGUUCUGGCCGUGGCCCCGGGCCACACAGACAGGAUAUUUGACAUAUCGUGGGAUCUGUACCAGCCGAGCAAGCUUGUGAGCUGUGGGGUGAAACACAUCAAGUUCUGGAGCUUGUGUGGAAACGCCCUUACCCCGAGACGAGGGGUGUUCGGGAAGACCGGGGACCUCCAGACCAUCCUCUGCCUGGCCUGUGCUAAGGACGAGGUCACCUACUCCGGGGCCCUGAACGGGGACAUCUACGUUUGGAAGGGGAUCAGCCUGCUGAGGACUGUACUGGCUGCCCACGGGUCGGGAAUCUUCAGCAUGAACGCCUGCGAGGAGGGCUUCGCCACGGGGGGCCGGGACGGCUGCGUCCGCCUCUGGGACCUCAACUUCAAACCAAUUACUGUCAUCGAUCUCAGGGAGACGGACCAGGGAUACAAAGGCCUGUCGGUGCGCAGCGUGUGCUGGCGUGGGGACCACAUCCUGGUGGGCACCCAGGACAGUGAGAUCUUCGAGGUGGUGGUCCACGACCGCAACAAGCCCUUCCUCAUCAUGCAGGGGCACUGUGAGGGGGAGCUGUGGGCCCUGGCCGUCCACCCCACCAAGCCUCUGGCCAUGACGGGCAGCGACGACCACUCCGUCAGGAUCUGGAGUCUGAUCGACCACGCCCUGAUUGCCCGCUGCAACAUGGAGGAGCCGAUCCGCUGCGCCGCGGUCAGCACCGACGGCAUCCACCUGGCGCUGGGCAUGAAGGACGGCUCCUUCACCGUGCUGCGGGUCAGGGACAUGACGGAGGUGGUGCACAUCAAGGACCGCAAGGAGGCGGUGCACGAGCUGAAGUACUCCCCCGACGGGGCCCACCUGGCCGUGGGCUCCAACGACAGCUCGGUGGACGUGUACGGCGUGGUGCAGCGCUACAAGAAGGUGGGCGAGUGCCUGGGCGCCACCAGCUUCAUCACGCACAUGGACUGGUCCACCGACAGCAAGUUCCUGCAGACCAAUGACGGCAGUGGCCGCAGGCUCUUCUACCGGAUGCCCGGGGGCAAGGAGGUCUCCAACCGGGAGGAGCUGAAGCUGCUCCAGUGGUCUUCCUGGACCUGCGUCCUGGGCCCCGAGGUGAACGGCAUCUGGCCCAAAUACUCUGAGAUCAACGACAUCAACUCUGUGGACGCCAACUUCAGCAACCAGGUGCUGGUCACGGCGGACGACUACGGCAUGGUGAAGCUGCUCCGGUACCCGUGUGUGAGGAAAGGGGCGAAGUUCAAGAAGUAUCUGGGGCAUUCGGCCCACAUUACCAACGCCCGCUGGUCACAUGACUACCAGUGGGUGAUCACUAUUGGGGGAGCCGACCACUCCGUGUUCCAGUGGAGGUUUGUUCCCGAGAGGAAAACCAAAGAGGCUCUGCACAUAGCGCCGCAAGAGACCCUGGCCGACUCGUACAGUGAGGAGUCCGACUCCGACCAAUCAGACGUACCGGAGAUGGACUCGGAGAUCGAACAAGAGACACAGCUAACGUACCGCAGACAGGUUUACAAAGAAGACCUACCUCAGCUCAAAGAGCAGUGCAAGGAGAAGCACAGAGCGAUGGCCAUGAAGAAGAGGGAGAAAGCCCCGGGCAACGGAGUCAAACUCCACUUCAUCCAUGGCUACAGGGGCUACGACUGCCGCAGCAACCUGUUCUACACCCAGACGGGGGAGAUCGUGUACCACGUGGCCGCCGUUGGGGUGGUGUACAACCGGCAGCAGAACACGCAGCGCUUCUACAUGGGCCACGACGACGACAUCCUCUGCCUGGCUAUCCACCCCCUCAAGGACUACGUAGCCACGGGACAGGUUGGCCGGGAUUCAUCUGUUCAUAUCUGGGACACGGAGCAGCUGAAACCCAUGUCCGUGCUGAGAGGGUUUCACCAGCUUGGGGUGUGUGCCCUGGACUUCUCAGCCGACGGCAAGCGGCUGGCCUCGGUGGGCCUGGACGAAAACCACACCAUCGUCCUGUGGGACUGGAGGAAGGGCGAGAAGCUCUCCGCCAUACGGGGAAGCAAGGACAAGAUAUUUGUGGUCAAAAUAAACCCAUACAUGCCGGAUAAGCUGAUCACCGCUGGGGUGAAACAUAUCAAGUUCUGGCACAAAGCUGGCGGGGGUCUGAUCGGGCGUAAGGGCAGCAUGGGGAAGACGGAGAGCAUGAUGUGCGCGGUGUACGGCUGGACGGAGGAGAUGGUGUUCUCGGGCACGAGCAGCGGGGACAUCUGCAUCUGGAGGGACCUGUUCCUCAUGAAGACGGUGAAGGCCCACGACGGGCCCGUGUUCAGCAUGCACGCCCUGGAGAAGGGAUUUGUGACCGGAGGCAAGGACGGCAUCGUGGCUUUGUGGGACGACACCUUUGAGAGAUGCCUGAAGACGUACGCCAUCAAGAGAUCAGUGCUGGCUCCCGGCUCUAAAGGGCUGCUCCUGGAAGACAACCCGUCCAUACGUGCCAUAUCGCUGGGCCACGGGCACAUCCUCGUGGGCACCAAGAACGGAGAAAUCCUAGAGGUGGACAAGAGCGGUCCCAUCACUCUGCUGGUCCAGGGUCACAUGGAGGGUGAAGUGUGGGGCCUGGCCACUCACCCCCACCUCCCCCUCUGUGCCACCGUCAGUGAUGACAAAACACUGCGCAUAUGGGACCUCUCUCCCAGCCACUGCAUGCUGGCCGUACGCAAGCUCAGGAAAGGGGGCCGCUGCUGCUGCUUCUCGCCCGACGGCAAGGCCCUGGCGGUGGGGCUGAACGACGGCAGCUUCCUCAUCGUCAACGCAGACACCCUGGAGGACCUGGUGUCCUUCCACCACCGCAAGGACCUCAUCUCUGAUAUCAGAUUCUCCCCAGGUUCGGGGAAGUACCUGGCGGUUGCGUCGGUGGACAGCUUCGUGGACAUCUACAACGUCAUGAGCAGCAAGCGGGUCGGCGUGUGCAAGGGAUCGCUCAACUACAUCACCCACCUGGACUGGGACAAGAGAGGGAAACUGCUCCAAGUCAACACCGGUGCGAAAGAGCAAUUGUUCUUCGAAGCUCCCCGUGGAAAGAGGCAGACCAUCCUGGCUUCAGAGGUGGAUAAGAUAGACUGGAACUCGUGGACGUGUGUCCUGGGCCCGUCGGUGGAGGGCAUCUGGCCUGUGAUCAGCGAGGUCACCGAGGUCACCUCCGCCAGCCUCAGCAGCGACAAGAAGGUGCUGGCGACCGGAGACGACCUGGGAUACGUCAAGCUCUUCAGAUACCCCGUCAAGGGGAAGUACGCAAAGUUCAAGCGCUACGUGGCCCACAGCACGCACGUCACCAACGUGCGCUGGACGCACGACGACGCCCUGCUGGUGACGGCGGGCGGGGCGGACACCUGCCUCAUGAUCUGGGCCCACGAGGCCGAGGGGCACCGCGAGAUCCGCCAGUGUGACAGCGAGGAGUCGGACAUCGAGAGCGAGGACGACGGAGGCUAUGACAGCGACGUGACGCGGGAGAACGAGAUCACUUACACCAUCAAGGCCUUAUCCACCAACGUGCGCCCCAUGACGGGGGUCAAGCCCCACAUGCAGCUCAAGGAGCCCUCUGCGGACGAAAGCCAGGGGGUAGUCAGGGGGUCAAGACCUCCAGUCAGCCGGGCUCUGCCGCAACCAGAGAAGCUCAUGACCAACAACGUGGGGAAGAAAAAGAGGCCCGUCGAGGACCUGGUGCUGGAUCUGGUGUUUGGUUACCGUGGCAACGACUGCCGCAAUAACGUGCACUACCUGAACGAAGGCGCCGAUAUCAUCUAUCACACAGCCUCCGUCGGCAUCGUCCUCAACCUGACAACCUCCUGCCAAAGUUUCUACGUGGAACAUAGCGACGACAUCCUGUGCCUAACCAUCAAUCAGCAUCCCAAAUUCCCAAACGUGGUGGCGACCGGCCAAGUAGGUGACACAGGUGAUAUGUCAGCCACCUCCCCGUCCAUCCACGUGUGGGACGCCACGACCAAGCAGACACUGUCUGUGCUGCGCUGUUUCCACUCCAGCGGGGUGUGCUCCGUCAGCUUCAGCGCUACGGGCAAACUCCUGCUGUCAGUGGGCCUGGACCCAGAACACACCGUCACCAUCUGGAAGUGGCAGGAAGGUGCCAAGGUGGCCACCCGGCAGGGCCACACCCAGAGGAUCUUUGUGGCCGAGUUCCGGCCGGACUCGGACACCCACUUUGUGUCGGUGGGGAUCAAACACGUGCGCUUCUGGACGCUGGCGGGCCGCGCGCUGCUCAGCAAGAAGGGGGUGCUGAGCACCAUCGAGGACGCCCGCAUGCAGACCAUGCUGUCGGUGGCGUUUGGGGCCAAUAACUUGACCUUUACAGGUACCAUUAGUGGGGAUGUGUGUGUGUGGAAGGAACACAUUCUAGUGAGAGUAGUGGCCAAGGCCCAUACUGGGCCGGUGUUCACCAUGUACACCACCCUGAGGGAUGGCCUCAUCGUCACCGGGGGCAAGGAGAGACCGUCUAAGGAGGGGGGUGCUCUGAAGCUGUGGGACCAGGAGCUGAAGCGCUGCAGGGCCUUCCGCCUGGAGACGGGACAGAUCAUAGACUGUGUCCGCUCCGUGUGCAGGGGGAAGGGAAAGAUCCUGGUGGGCACGCGUAACGCGGAGAUCAUCGAGGUGGGGGAGAAGAACGCUGCGUGCAACAUCCUGGUGAACGGCCACAUGGACGGGCCCAUCUGGGGCGUGGGCACCCACCCCUCCAGGGACGUGUUCCUGUCCGCCGCAGAGGACGGCACCGUGCGCCUCUGGGACAUCCCGGAGAAGAAGAUGCUGAACAAGGUGAACCUGGGUCACCCGGCGCGGGCCGUGAGCUACAGCCCCGAGGGGGACAUGGUGGCCAUCGGCAUGAAGAACGGGGAGUUUAUCAUCCUGCUGGUGGCCUCACUCAAGAUCUGGGGCAAGAAGAGGGACCGCCGCUCCCCCAUCCAGGACAUCCGUUUCAGUCCAGACUCCCGGUACCUGGCUGUGGGUUCCACCGAGAGUGCGGUGGAUUUCUACGACCUGACUCUCGGGCCGCAGCUCAACCGCAUCAACUGCUGCAGAGACAUACCCAGCUUCGUCAUGCAGAUGGACUUCUCCGCCGACAGCUGCUACGUCCAGGUCUCCACAGGAGCUUAUAAAAGACUGGUGUACGAGGUGCCGUCGGGGAAGCAGGUCACGGAGCAGAUCCACAUCGACAGGAUAACCUGGGCCACGUGGACAAGUGUGCUCGGGGAUGAGGUAAUCGGGAUCUGGUCCCGGAAUACGGACAAGGCGGACGUCACCUGUGCCUGCGUGUCCCACUCGGGCCUCAACGUCGUCACAGGCGACGACUUUGGGAUGGUCAAGCUGUUUGACUUCCCGUGUCCAGAGAAAUUUGCGAAACACAAACGCUACUUGGGCCACUCGGCUCAUCUGACCAACGCCCGUUUCACAAACGGGGAUCGCUACGUGGUCAGCGCGGGCGGGGAUGACCGGAGCCUGUUUGUCUGGAGGUGUGUCCACGCCCCUCACUGAGGAUAAAAACAACAACAGUGGAGCGUUCUCCCAUGACGAGUCUCCAGGUGAAGCAUGGACCCUCGCCCUGUAGGCUAGGAUGGAGAACAGAUGUGGCAGCUAUCCCAUGACAGAAGACCUGACCUGACUUACUGCCUCAGAAAACAAAAAGUGCAAGAGUAUACUAGGUGCAAGUCUCAUCAGUUCUCACCAUGGAUAGAGGGCGAUCUAAAGUAUUUCUCUCGAACAAACAAAACAAAAUGUCUUUUAAACGUGUUUUAUGAUUUUUAUUUUUCAAAGUAAGAGCGGCUUGACUGACGAUGCCAUUUCAGAAAACAUGUAGCAACUGACUAAGCCUUAAAUCUACAUGAGGUGAUGCAUUCGGUUAUUACUUUUCUAAUGUCAUCAUUCCUUUGACGCUGUCGGACCAUGCACUUGGUUUCACGAUGUGAAUUGCUUUUUUUUUUACCAAGUAUUUGAAACUCUCGUGGCCUUCCUCCUGAAUGUAACAUCCACGGUUAUGUUCUGGAUGUCAGCAUGCCAAAGCAUACUAUGCACUGUUCAACUGACCUGGUCACUGUGUCCCCCCCCUCCACCCAGUGGUUUGUUCAUGUGACUGUGUUAUUGAUAAUGGUUGAACCUCAACCCGCCCCCCCCCCCCCACCAGUGAGUGACUAUGUGUGUUUAGCCGUCCUGUAGCUUGUAAUAGUACCCCCACCCCCCCCCCCCCCCCCUCCAUUGUGUUUUGAACUGGUUCUUGGGGAUAUGUUGGUGGUGAUGUGGGUGUGCAUGGCUAACUGAAGGACAAUCUGUCUGACCAAACUCCUAAGAAAAACAAAGAAGUUACAAGUUACUUUUUUUCCACGACACUGUUGCAUUUCUCUUGGGUCACUUUUCAGUGUGCUGCUAUGGUGUAUUAUUGUUGUGCUUUUGUUUUUAAAGCGUGACUCUUCCCCCCCACUCCCGAGUGUCUUUGUUGAAACUGGUGAUGUGAAACGUGUAAAAGAUAUAUUGCUUAACUUGAAUGUUUUAUCAUAGAGGAAAUAUGAAAAGGUGCAAAACAUUUUGCCCUUUGUAUUAUGUCUAAUGAACAAGUUGUUUCUGCAUACCUUGUUUUUCAUUGCACCAAUGUAAAUAUCAUUUGUAGAUAUUGUUUUUGUAUAUUUUGUGAGAUGUUUUCUUAAAUACUAAUUUAAUAAAAAAAGAUUAA